AUGCCCAAGCUGCUGCCGGCGCAGGAGGCGGCCCGGAUCUACCACACCAACUACGUGAGGAACGCGCGGGCCAUGGGGGUGCUCUGGGCCCUCUUCACCCUCUGCUUCUCCAUCCUGAUGGUGGUGACCUUCAUCCAGCCGUACUGGAUCGGCGACAGCAUCGACACGCCGCAGGCCGGCUACUUCGGCCUCUUCUCCUACUGCAUCGGCAACGCGCUCACCGGCGAGCUCAUCUGCAAGGGUAGCCCCCUCGACUUCGGCACCAUCCCCUCCAGCGCCUUCAAAACCGCUAUGUUCUUCGUCGGCAUCUCCACCUUCCUCAUCAUCGGCUCCAUCCUCUGCUUCAGCCUCUUCUUCUUCUGCAAUGCAGCCACCGUCUAUAAAGUCUGUGCCUGGAUGCAGCUGGCGGCAGCUACCGGGCUGAUGAUCGGCUGCCUGAUCUACCCCGACGGCUGGGACUCGAGCGAGGUGAAGCGGAUGUGCGGGGACAAGACGGACAAGUACACGCUGGGCGCCUGCACCGUGCGCUGGGCGUACAUCCUCUGCAUCAUCGGCAUCCUCGACGCCCUCAUACUCUCCUUCCUGGCCUUUGUGUUGGGGAACCGGCAGGACAACCUCCUCCCGUCCGAUUUUAAAGUGGAAAAUAAAGAAGAGGGCAAUGACUGACAGAGCUGAUCACCACGGACACCUCGAGCUCUUCCAUCAGCCCUUGUCUUUCAAGUGACUUUUCCAGGAGCUUUAAACUUACCAACUUCCGUGGAUUUUUUACAACUGUUUUCACCUAUGGGGCCGCUGUCGGCUCCCAGCUCUCGUGGAGUUUAUUUGAUGGGAAGAGCCCAAACUGGACACAGGGGUUGGUUUUUUUUUUUUUGGUUUUGUUUUUUUGAGUCCAUCAGCAAACCUGGGGAAAAGG